AUGAAGGCCGUCGCCGUCGCCAUCGCCACCCUCUGCGCCUCGAUGGCUAGCGCAUGGGUCGUCAUCACUCCCGUCACACCCGAGAUGGUCGUCCCCAAACAGGGCAACGACUGCUUUUGGGGUGUCACGACACCGCAAGGUUGCGCUCCUUUCGUCCGUGCGCCGAAGAAAUGA